AUGCGAAAUAGGGAAACCAAGCCAAAUUCAGUUGCAUUUGCAUGUAUUUUAUCUUUAGGUUCAUCAGAAGCAAUGAUUGGUUUUGGUGCUCAGCUUCAUGGAUUUGUUGUUAUUUUCGGUCUGGAGUUUGCUUCUCGGGUGGCCAACACACUGAUGGCAAUGUAUUCAAAAUGUGGGCAGUGUUUUGAUGCACGCAAAUUGUUUGACAUGAUGAAUCGUGGCGAUUUGGUGACAUGGAAUCCAAUGAUUUCUGGGUACGUACGAAACAGGUUGACAAAUGAGGCUUCACUUUUGUUUCGUGAGAUGAUAUCUGCUGGUGUAAAACCUGACUCAAAGUGUGCACUCACUGAUAUAUAUUUUAAGUGCAGGGAGGUGAAAGUGGCUUGCAGGAUUUUUAACCAAAGUACUAAAGUUGAUAUUGGAAUCUGUACGGCUAUGAUUUCAGGAUAUAUGCUUCACGGGAUGUACAUUAAUGCUUUAGAAGUUUUUAGGUGGGUAGUUCAAGCGAAAAUUAGGAUAAAUACUUUAACCUUGGCGAAUAUAUCAGCUUGUGCUAGCUUGGUUGCGGUGAAGUUGGGGAAGGAAUUGCAUGGCUACAUCCUCAAAAAUGGGUUUCAAACAAGAUGCCAUGUGGAAAGCGCAAUCAUGGACAUGUAUGCAAAAUGUGGAAGAUUGUAUCUAGCGCAUCUAGUUUUCAGUAGAAUAUCUGAAAGGGAUACUAUUUCGUGGAACUCAAUGAUCACAAACUAUUCUCAAAAUGGCAAGCCCAUGGAGGCAAUGGAUAUUUUUCGUCAAAUGGGGAUAGUAGGAAUGAAUUAUGAUUGCGUGAGCAUAUCUCAAGCCCUGUCUGCUUGUGCAAAUUUACCUGCACUACACUGUGGGAAAGAGAUCCAUGGUUUCAUGAUCAAAGCUGCAUUCAGCUCAAAUGUUUUCGCUGAGAGCGCACUCAUAGACAUGUAUGCCAAAUGUGGACACUUGAAUCUCGCACAUCCUGUAUUUAACAUGAUGACAUUAAAAAAUGAAGUUUCAUGGAAUAGCAUCAUUGGUGCUUAUGGGUUUCAUGGUCAUCUCAAGGAAUCUCUUUCUCUAUAUGAUGAAAUGUUGAAAAACGGAAUUCAGCCUGAUCAUGUUACCUUCCUUGGUAUAAUAUCUGCUUGUGGGCAUGCUGGCCUAGUUGAUGAUGGCAUUCACUACUUCCGUUGCAUGACUGAGGAGUAUGGUAUCCAAGCUCGGAUGGAGCAUUACGCUUGUGUGGUAGAUUUAUAUGGUCGUGCUGGACGUUUGACUGAAGCCUUUGAAACCAUAAAGAGUAUGGCGUUCUUGCCUGCUACUGGUGUUUGGGGGACAUUGUUAGGAGCUUGUCGAGUCCAUGGCAAUUUUGAGUUUGCUGAACUGGCUUCAAGACAUCUGUUUGCCUUGGAUCCUCAAAACUCUGGCUAUUACAUACUGCUCUCAAAUAUACUUGCUGAUACGGGACAGUGGGAUGGUGUCCUUACGAUACGAAGCAUAAUGAAAGAAAGAGGAGUUCAAAAAGUUCCGGGAUACAGCUGGAUUGAGGUCAACAAUAUCACACAUAUGUUUGUUUCGGCAGACGGGAGUCACCCAGACUCUGCUCAGGUUUAUUCAAUGCUGGAAAGUCUUCUUCUGGAGCUGAGAAGAGAGGGUUAUGUUACUGGCAAAAAGGAUGCUGUUUUAAGUGGCUCGUUGAAAAUUGAAACAAAUUAAGCCAAUAAUUCUCUCUCUGGAGGAUUUUUAAGAAUGGGUAGAGUUCUCCGCAUUCUGUUGAUUCUUUUUGACUGAUGGCAUUGAACUUUGUUCUUUUGUUGAAUGGAUAUCUUAAGAGUUAAGAGGGUUUAAAGUCACUCCUUUUCUGAAAGCAUACCGGUACACUGAAUGUUCUGUGAUGAUAAAUAUUAUAACGGCAAAGCACCAGAGAGUUGGUCAAUUUAUUGUCACCCUAAUGCAACAAUGAACAUGACUGGUGAAUGUGUCAUGCAGAUGGAGACCAUGAAAUUGGUUAA